AUGUCACCUCUGAGGACUCUAGCUUUUCUCGCUUUAAUUGGUGUUUCCAGCAGUCAGACCUCAGACUGCUCCUACGUUGGUCUUCUGACACACUUGAACCUGACGAAGACGAAUAAUGUUCUAUCAAUCAUGCGACCCGUGAAAAACUGGACCACAACCACCCUCGUUCAGCUGGACAUGGUGUUGUAUGGCAUUUUACAAGUGGAUGAGAAGUCUCAAGCUGUCACGAGUCACAUCUGGUUCCAAACGCGUUGGAUGGAUGAAUUUCUAACCUGGAAUUCAUCAGACUUCUGUGGGAUUAAAGUGCUGAACAUUCCACGAUCGAGGCUGUGGAUCCCCUAUAUAUACAUCGAAGAGGAUGUGUCUGAUACUGGGGCCAUUUAUAACAGUCCCACCGUCAGUUUGUCUGCCAGCGGUGUGGUGGUGACACACGGACGUCAGCGGCUCACCUCCACCUGUCGAAUGAAUCUCGCCCUGUUCCCUUUCGAUACGCAAAUAUGUAGUAUCACAUUUACAUCCAUGACCUUAGACGCUGGCUCUAUAACGCUAGGAACAUUCUUCAAUGACACAAACCUUGCUCAAUACUCUGAGCAAUUAAUGGUCACGCAGGGAGAAUGGGACCUCAACAACUUGGAAAUUUUAGAUUAUAGUCUCGCCAAAGGGGAUGAAAUGUAUCACAUAACACUUACAUACAAGGUCACAAUCUCCAGGAGGCCGUUGCUUUAUGUGGUGAAUUUAAUCGUGCCCCUGUUCUUAUUUCUGAUCCUGGAUGUGGCCUCCUUCUUCAUCAAUGAGGCCAGAGGUGAAAAGCUGAGCUUCAAAGUGACUGUACUCCUGUCCAUCUCCGUCCUACUGCUGAUCCUCAAGGACAUGUUGCCCUCCACUGAAGACAGGCUGCCAAUGAUCGCCACCUACUGUGUUGGGAUCUUCGCCCUGGUGGGGGUGAGCGUCCUGGAGGCCAUGCUGGUGGGCUUCCUAUUCGACCUUGAUGAUUAUAAUUAUUUUAGGGCUCAAAGCCCUGAUAAGGCCCAAGUGGAAAUUCAGCUGGACGCCGACUAUCCCAAAGAUGCUGCUGGGGCUGAAGAGACUCCAGAGAAAAGUGAGCUUCCUCUGGAUCUGCCCGGUGACGGCAACCUGCUGAAACUAAUCCUGGAGGAAGUGAAAGCUGCUCGACAGGAAGCCGACAGACAAGAGAAAGACAAGAAAAAGAUUGGAUACUACAGAAGAGUGGCCGAAUACAUCGACUCUUCGUUCUUUACCAUCUACUUUUUAAUUGUUCUAGUUUUUAUGUCGUACAUGUCUAUAACCUGGAUUACACGAAUAUUUUAGUAACUAGAUGGUGUGUGUAUAAUCUGCCAGUGCAUGCUCUUAAAUCUGGCUAUGGUGGGUUUUCAAAUAACUAAAUAUCACUGUUUCUAACCCCUAAUUAUUCUACAUUUAAUGUCCUUUAAUCAUUCUUAUACGUUUUUAAAGUGCAGAACAGAUCUCACUACUCACAACCUGCAUACAAAGUACAGAUUAUAACAAUUAUUGUAUGUACAGUAUGUUAUGAAAUGGUUCAAUUAUAUGAUAUUUUGGAUCAAAAUAAAGUUUAUUUGUGUCGAUAUUUGUGGUUUUCUGU